AAAUGUUUUGUCGCAGCAAUGUAUCAGUCCCUUGUUUUGCUCUCUUAUCCGACCAUCUUGUAGUGUCAUAUGAGCUAUCUAUUUGGCUUCUGUCUAGCUACACACCAUCUAUCUCGAACACAAACUGCAUAUUAUCUACAUAGUACAAGUUAUUCAACUUAACCAAGGUAUUUAACUAGCUCACCUCAUGCCUCUACUAAAUCUAUCUGCAUGCUUCUCCGGAUUUAUAUAAGCUAGCUUCAUACUGUGCUACUGCUUAUGAAUUCUCAAUGUCAGGAACCAGUCGACGACUGGCCGAGAGAAAAACCUGCAGAUUGUUAAUGGGCUUACUGACAAUGGAAUUAAUCUAGUGGCUAGAUUUUCCAAGUCCUACCAACUAAUCAUGCGUACGGAGGUUAUCAAGGCAGACACCAUUGAUGAGGCCAUUGAAGGACUUCUCAAUGAACUCAAUAAAAGUAGACAGAACGUCAUCUACUUUGAUGGCUGGGAAGGACUGGGGGCAUGUGCCGUCCUGCGAGCCAUAGCUCGAUGCUUGGAAUUAAAGGAACCGAGUAGGCCUCCUGGACUGGAUUUUGAGCAAGUCAUCCACAUCGACUGCUCAAAGUGGGAGAGCACAAGAGCACUGCAGAGAGAAGUGGCAAAGCAGCUGAAGCUUUCCAAUUGGGUGAUGAAGAUGUUUGACAAGCAGGAUGAGGAGGAUGAUUUCAAUGGGAUUACUGAUCAAGGCUCUCGCGCAGAGAUAGCAGAUGUUGCAAUAGAGAUCCAGAGGAGCAUGCAGGGCCGCAGGUUUCUUGCUGUUCUUCACAACGGAGGCAAUGAGGAGAUUGACAUAUCUAGACUUGGUCUUGCACUAUACCCGUAUUUAACCAACAAGGUGAUAUGGACCUUCCAAGGGAGGUUUCGGAUGGACCCCAAGAUGAAAGACAAGGUCACGAAGAACACAACAGAUGUUCUUCUCUCAGCUUCAUGCUCCAAGUGUGAUCCACGAGUGCUCUGGUUCUAUCUACUGGAUAAAGAGGCUGCACAUGUUGCUUGCAAGCAUGGCAUCAGUCUCACAAUAGUUGUUCGAUGUUUCCUGUGUUUGUUGGAUCUGAAUUGCAUCCGCGGCCAUCAUGUCGACACUGAGUAUGAUUUGACUAUACAUACUUGCAACUAUUGGAUAUGUGAUGGUAUCAUACCGAAAAUCCCAGGUUGCGGUGAAGAAGCAUGGCAAGAUGGUGAGAAUCUCCAGGGUGAGAUCCGACUGGAUAUGCACUACCACCAGAAUGAUUUGCCCCCUCACUUGCUAAUGUAUAAUGAGAAAAGGCCACACUGGACUUCACCAGCUUAUGGAUAUGUACUGGUUCAGGAUAGAGUUGUCCCUAGUGGAAUGCUCCAACAUUUUGACAAGCUUAGCGUGAUAAAACUCUCAAGUUGUACCUUUAGCUUUUCAUCACCUCCAUUUCUCUGCUGCCACAGCCUUAGAUUCCUAUGCCUUGAACAUUGCCAAGACCUCAGAAAAACAUAUGCAGAACAAAGGGAAGAGGAGGAAGACACCACUAGAUCGCGGGCAUGCUUCCAAAGCUUGUGGGUGCUUGACCUGCGAUACACAGAUUGUGAUUGGAUCUUAUCCGUGAGGGUGAUGGAUCUCAUGACCCAGCUCAGGGAGCUAAUUGUGAUGGGAGCCAAGGACUGGCACAUGAACCAUUUGAGGGGACGGCUGCGUAACAUUCAGAAGCUCCGUGUAACAAAGUCCACAUGCUUCUUCAAUGGCAAUUUGUUAUCAGAGAUGGAAAGCAUUGAGCUUCUUGAUUUUUCGGGAAAUAUCGUCAAUGGAGGCACAAGUAGCCUAUCUGGGCGAGCAAGCAACAGUAGCCUAUCUGGGCCAGCAAGCAACAGUAGCCUUAAGACCGUCUUUAUUGAUGGAUGUGAUGGGUUGGGAAAGAUCUCUUUUGGGGGCUGCAAAGAAUUGAAAAAUCUUUUCUUGAAAGGGUUAUUGAGGGGUCUCGAGGAGUUGGACAUCUCGUACACAGGAGUGAAAACCCUCGACCUUGGAGAAGUCAGAGCCAGCACACUCCCUAAGCGGUUCAUCCUGGUAGGCUGUGAGAAGCUUCGUGCAAUAUUGUGGCCACAGGGAGCAGAAAAAUGGUAUGGUGUGCUGUUUAUUCACCAGACCUCAGCAUUAGCAUCAAGUAAUGGAUGGGAAGAACCACAUGCCGAUCGAUCUCUCCAGCAGCAGAAAGAAAAAAAGUUUGAGUUUGGAUCACGGAUUUCUCUUAUGGAUACAAGGCUCCUUAGGUCGCUUUCUGCUGUAAGAAUUUGUUUAGAGAACUCAUCCGUACACAUCGACAUCUAUACUGCAGCUACUGUUGGUCGUAGUAGCGUCAAUCUACCGCAAGCCCAACCACAUACAGGGAUAACAAUGGAUUCCAUGUACAUAGAUGUCUUGAAGGAUGGCCCGGUUACAGCAAUGAUGAUGUGGGGCUGCCCCGAGAUAUUGCCCGGGCAACCCUUACAGACAUGUAUCAUGAAGGUGAUCCUGCACGGGCAUGGUAGCAAAACAUUGGAGGAUGCCGCAACUUCUAGUACCACCAGUGCUUUAUCACUGCCUGAAUUUAUCUUUCAAGUGGUUAGAUCGCUGCACAUGUACGAUAACUCGUCCACCACCACUAUCCUUGCACCUCCCAAAGACCCAGCAUGGACGAAUCUAAGAUGGUGCCGAGUUGAGAGGUGUCCUGCAUUACGCACAGUCUUCAAUGUUCCCCAGGACAGUGAUAGAAGCAGUUUUUCUCUUCUGGAGACAUUCUGGGCAUCCCAGCUCCCCUCGGCAUGCUACAUCUGGACUAUUGCAUCAGUUGGUACCUUUUCAUGCCUGACAUUGUUGCACCUAGACCGUUGCCCCAGGCUCAUACAUGUCCUCCCCCUGUCUACCGCCCCAGGCUCGUGCCUGUCCUCCCCCAUGUCCCCCCCUUGCUUGUUUAGGCUGGAGACACUAGAGAUAGUGUACUGUGGUGAUCUCAGAGAGGUCUUCCCUUUGAGCCCUGAGCUCCGAGAGCAGGACACACCUAUACUAUUCCCCCAGCUGAGGCGCAUCCACCUGCACGGGCUCCCCUCACUGCAGCGCAUCUGUGGGCGCAGGGUGUUUGCACCGAAAAUCGAGACCAUCAAGAUCAGGGGCUGCUGGAGCCUCAGGCGUCUGCCGGGCGUCCGAAUCAACACUGCAAAACCGCCCAAGGUGGACUGUGAGAAGGACUGGUGGGACAACUUGGAGUGGGACGGGGUGAAGGAGAACCACCACCCUUCCCUCUACGAGCCAAGCCACUCGCUGUAUUACAAGGCCAAGGUGCCCAGAGACACCGUCCUCAGGUAAUCCAUCCUCCCGUGGAUGGAUAUGUACGUCAUCAAUGCAGACCUGCAUGACUCGGCUUUCCUGCCGUGUGUAUCUGCUUGCUUGCCUUGGUGUGGUGUUUUCACUACAUCUGCAUUGUCUUGGUGUGAUGGUGCGGCUACAGUUUGAUUUGGUUUGAUUUUAUUUGGUGUGGUUUGAUCAUCCCUGCCCGAUCGAGCCCUUGAGCAAAUGAGAAAUGAACCAGAGCUGGCGUUCAGCUUCUGCAGCAUGAGCUCAUGAGCGCUCGUGUUGCUGUGUGUAUGUGGUGGUGCUUAUUACGGUAUGAAUUGUCAGUAUGGACUUAUUGUAAUUUGUAAGCGUAAACGAUGAUGAUGAUGAUUUAUGUGUGAUGGUGCUUGAUACGGUACGAAUUGUCAAGUAUGGCGUGAUUGUAAUAUAUAAGCAUAAAGGAUGAUGGUGAUGAUUUA